GGCCGUGGAUCACACGCACUAGUGCGAGUCGUACUGUGUGCGACUAGUGCGAGUCCGACUGACUGACAACUUGUCUCAUUGUAGUUGAUUAUAGUUAGCCAAUUCCUUUGCACGGCGAGCGACACCGAUCCGAUCGAUCGACGCUGCCGUUGUCGAUCGUCCACUCCGCUGUUGUCCGCUCGCGUCGUCGCCGUCCCUCCCCUCGUCCGACGUUCACGGGAAGACUAAUCGAAGAAUGAGACGCAACUAACCUCGAAAGCGACGUUCGUGACGUGCCCGUCCCUUCCGUCGCCCGGUCAGAGACGAUCCAGAUUAUCCAGGAAGAAUUCUAGAAGCGUUUCCUAGACGCAUAAGGAUUCGAGAAAGGAGGAAAAGGAAGACAGUGGAGAAAAGAGGAUCCCUCCCCCCUCUUCCCCGAGGAACUCAUCAAUGGUCGGUCGGGGAACGUUCUUGACGUCGAGUGACUAAUGGUCGCGUGCGGAUGAGAGACUCGCGAUUGAUCUUGAAAGCAGCCUGGCUGCACUUUUUAAGAUGUACUUCUGUCUGCAUUGGAUGUCACUCUUUAUAAUAUCAGCAAAGUAAACCUAGCAAUCGUAAAAUGAAUCAGUUGAACGAGAUCUCGGAGAAAUACUGAACUUGAUGAAAAGGUGGAUGUUUAGACCGAUUUCAAAAUGCGCCAGUGCUGUUUAAAUCACCAAGUCCUGUUAUGGCUUAUCUUCUUGAUUUUCUUCGCUGCAUACAGCAGUGCGGAUAUUCUAGUAUUUUCUACAAUUGGAAGACAGAUCGAAGAGGAGUUUCGCGAUAUGCCUGCCAAGUUUGGAGGCAUAAUAUCUCCGGAAGGCAUCAAGGGCAUGGUGGUUUAUGCCGAUCCUCCUACUGCGUGCCAUAAAAUACAGGCUCCGCCAAACAAUAAUACUACUGGUAAUUGGAUAGCGUUAAUACGACGUUAUAACUGUAGCUUUGAAAUUAAAAUUCGAAUGGCACAGGAAGCUGGAUAUGAUGCUGCUAUUAUUCACAAUGUAAACAGCAAUGAACUAGAACCGAUGUCAGCAAAGGAUCCCGUAGGAAUUUUGAUACCAUCUGUGUUUGUUGGUGAAAUUACGGGACUUGUUAUCAAAGAUAAUUAUUUAUACAAUCAGGGUUAUUUUGUAAUAAUUAACGAUGAUCUGCCAUUCAAUAUUAAUACCCAUUUGCUCUUGCCUUUCGCUAUUGUUGUUGGAAUAUGUUUCUUAAUUAUAGUUAUUUUUAUGAUUGUCAGAUGCAUAAAGGAUAGAAGGCGACAACGGAGGCACAGGCUGCCUAAUUCUAGUUUAAAAAAGAUUCCUAUACACAAGUAUACAAAGGGUGAUCCGUAUGAGACGUGUGCCAUUUGUUUGGACGAUUAUGUAGAAGGAGAGAAAUUACGAGUUUUACCAUGUGCACAUGCUUAUCAUUCAAAAUGCAUUGACCCUUGGUUAACAAAAAAUCGAAGGGUUUGUCCUGUUUGCAAAAGGAAGGUUUUUGCAGCUGACGAGCAAGUUGUGACCGAUGAGAGUGACUCGGACGAUGAUACAGCACCUCUUAUUCGUGACGGCCACCAAGGUACACAAGGAGGAACGUUCACACGGCAAAGGGAAAAUCCUUUUAACAGAGCUAGGAGAUCACAAGCUAGACACGACAGUAGUAAUUCUAGUGAUAAUAGCUCCGAUUCUGAGCAGUCUUACGUUACUACCGAGGAUGGCGUUAGUACUAGUGCCGGUGAACCAUCUAAUGUCACCGUUUUUCUGGUAUCUGAUACUCAUAGUAUAAACGGCGAAUCACAGGAGUUGGAACGUUCGACUAGUAGUACUAAUCCUCAUACGGUGAGUUUAUACGCGGACGCUCAAUCAUUUUCAACACCUAUUCAAAUCGCACCGACACGACGCGGGAUCAUGGUAAAUUCCGUGAUGUCGAAUUCUGACUAUUAUGUAGAGACCUCAGAUAAUGCGUCGGUGACGGCCAGUAAUUCCAACAAAAACGAUGUUAUUACGUAAUGGCCUGACACAGCUGUGACUAUCAUUAUACAUUAUGAGUUGUUUGUAUCUUGCGAAAAUUUUCUUUUUUUCGCGAAAGAUACGUUAAUAUUAUGGUGCGCAUGGCAUAAAGCGAUGUACG